AUGGAUCUCGUAACAGAUGUUUUAUGUGGAUGCGUCGGGAACAACCAACUUGAGCCAUCGGGACGCUCAAGAAGCGCGCAAGAAGAGAUCGUUUUAGAAAAGGAUCAUGAAGGCAAGGUGGAAACUAAAGACGAAAAGAAAGACGGUUCUUCUGACGAAUCAUCUACCUCGGACUCUUCUUCUGAUUCUUCUACUGAUGACGAGAUGAUACCUGAAUGGCCUAACAGAAUGUAUGAACCCAUUGAACAACGUGGCUACUGGGAUGAAACUUUGACGGGGAUAGUAAAACCGUCUAAAUAUUGGAUUGAUGGGAGGAUGGAAUGGACUCAGGGAGAGUGCAGACGCGCUUUUGAUAAAAACGGCUUCAACGCUGGUUUGCGUGAAUACUCUGCCGAAACCAUUCAUCUAGAUGAUCUGAUUGAAGUGUCUACGCUUAUUUACGAAGGAGAAACACCCUGGGAGACGGCGGAACGAAUGUGGAUAGAAAACAGGAAAAGAAUAUUUGUUGAGGAGCAUAUGCAUUUACUCAAAUCAAGCGAGCGACCAUGGGUCAGAUGUAAUAUAGAAGAUGUUUACUUGCAAGUUGGAUUUCCCAAGCCUAGGAGAAAGGGCGUUCUUCCGACCUACACUUAUAUGAUGAAAAGAGAAAGACCUGCUGAUUAUCGCGACGUGAUGACCAGAUUAUUGAAAGAAUAUGGUGAGCACCCACCAGAAGAACCACCUCGGAUACCACCUUCAUACUACCAUAUUCCAAAGGAAGAACUUGCUAAUCCAAAGAAUCAAGCUAAUAAUAAUCCCGACAGACCCGAUGCAGCCAACACGAACAAUACCGACGAAGCUAACUUGGACAGAUCUGGUGCUGCAAAUAUGGACAAAUCUGACGAAGCUAAUAUGGACAAACCUGGUGCAGCUCCGGAGUACAAUGUAGAAAAGAAGAAGAAGAAAAUGAUCAAAAUACCUAACUCAUAUUUGGGCAUGUCAUAUAUGGAACUCAGAGAACUCCAGAAUCGGGAAAUCGUUGAGCCUGAAGUCGAAAAAGAAUGUGUUUGGGAAUGGUGGGACAAAUGGGAGAAGAAAUAUGGUAAAAAUGCGACACCUAUGUCUAUCGUGAAUAAUAUGUCGGAUGAGGAAAUGGCAAAGAGAGCCGCUGUUAUCCGAGCAGAAAACGAAGAAAUAGAAAGAAUUAAAAAGUUAACAUGGCCAGAUCCUUACCGACUCCAACUAGCCAACAAAAUAGAUGGACAACAUAUGUAUGAGGCUUUGGUCGCGGCACAAAUAAGGGAAGGACAUGACAUGACAUGGAUGGAGAAAUAUAAAAAUGAUCCUUACCCUGCUUUUGACGAAAUUGAACUAACAGACGAGGAGUGCGAAAAAGAAACCCCCACAGUUGACACGGUUGAAAAUGAAAAUAACAAAGACGACAUAGCCGCCACAGAAGAUAAAGUAAUGAAGAAUCCCGAUGUCAUCAUUUAUUCGCAACCUGACUUUGAUGAAAUGCCGCCCCUUUUUGAUUGA